CGGAACUGCUCAUGAAGAGAUACAUGUGAGGAGGGCGGGGCUUGGCGGCCCGGACUUCCGCUCAGACUUGUCAAGGAGGCCGAGGCCGCGGCGCGGUGAUUGAGCCGUGGUUCUCAGCGAAGCUCUCAGCGUCGAGCCUGAAGCCUGCAGUCCUCCGGAUCCUGUUCUCCUCAGCAUCAGCUUCAGCAUCGCAGGCAAACAUGGUGCAGUCCUGCUCGGCGUACGGAUGCAAGAACAGAUACCACAAAGACAGAAACAUCUCCUUUCAUAAGUUUCCUCUGGCCCGGCCGGACGUCUGUGGGAAAUGGCUGGCCGCUAUGAAGAGAAGAAACUUCAAGCCCAGCAAGUACAGCAACAUCUGCUCUCAGCACUUCACCAGAGACUGCUUCAAGCGCGAGUGCAACAACCGUGUGCUGAAGGACCACGCCGUGCCCUCGCUCUUCUCCUCCAGCAGACUGCAGAUGCAGGCAGCGCCUCUGGAGGAAACAUUGAGCCCAGACAUGGAGUUUUCUCUGAGCCUGCCGCUGUCUGACGCCGAAGAGACGCCGGCGGUGCGUCCCUCUGAAGCAGAGCUCUGCCCGUCCACAGCCCUGCCGGAGCCCGGCCCGGACCUCCACACCAGCGCCUUCGUCUCCUGCGACCACAACUACACGGUGGAGGACACGCUGCAGCAGAAGAGACGCAUCGAGCAGCUGCAGGAGCAGAUGGAGAAGCUGCGCAAGAGACUGAAGACGGUGCAGCAGAAGUGCAGGCGGCAGGAGAGGCAGCUGGAGCGCUUCAGAGCCAUGAGCGAGGUCCAGAGGGACGCGGCGCCGGGAGACAGCUACGUUAUCCUGCCCAAAGAGAUCUACGACGUCCUGAAAGGAAUAGAGACCAUCGGAGAGGAUCGUCCUCUUCAGAGCACAACUAACUCAGCAUGCAAUAACCGUGUGAGAGGAUCAUUGGUCCGUUUGCAGCAUCUGAAUACGUCUGCUUCGGUCAGAGUAACUAGCACUUGUGGAAAUAGUCCAUGCGCUUGGAUGCCAGAUGAGCCCGGUGCACGAGAGACUCGACCGACGCUGGAGCUGAUGCUGACUCCGUGACAAACGCUUCAGUAAAUCAGGUUCUCAUUAUCAGCAGAUUUGUUGAAAUGGCAGCAGAUCAGUGUUUGUUCAGUUAUUAAAUGUUUGUUUUUGUUUUUUUAAACCUCUAGAAACUAUACUGACUAGUUUGUUUUGAUUUGAUUAAUGUACUAAGAUGACCAAACUGGACUUCACUAAACACAUUUUCAGUAGCCUUAGAGUCACAUAUCAAAGGGCUUUGAGCUGUUUGUUAUUGUUUUCUCACCCCUUGCUUAUUCAUUUAUUAUUUACAAAACAGUAAUAAUUGUGGAAUCAAUUUAAGCCAUAUAUGGGUAAAAAUAGAUUUUUGCUGGGAAAACUCAUAGUUGCCUUACGGUCACAGUGCAAUUGUUCAUGUGUUUGACUUUCAAUACAGCGCUCUCAUUCUUGACCGGAGUUUGUGCUUGAGUGCGUUAGAAUGAGUUUCAGUGUUGUCAGGCUUCCUGAAUGUUACGGUUUAUUACUGUCUUGUACAGACACACGUAUAGGACUCACACUUAAUGGAAGAUGAUUGUAUAUGUGGUCAGUAUCUGGUCAGAUUUUUAAGGCACCAGCCGGGCUAAAACCAGAUGAU